GUGUCUGAACUCGGACCUUGGUUAGAUAAAUGACCGGACUCCUCCAGAGGUCCUCACUCUCAUUCGAGCGAUCCAGUGGAGGCUUCCUGAAGAAAAUGGCCGACCUGCUCAUACACAGCGCCCUGUUCUUACUUGUCAUAUUUUCCAUGUCAUCUGCCCAAAUGAGGGGGGAUUUUGAUUCAUGCAGCCUAAUGGAUGGCUUUGGUACAUACUGUCCCACCACAUGUGGCGUCGCCGAUUAUCUGAACAGGUACAAGCCUGUGGUUGACAGGGACCUUAAUGAUCUUGAGUAUUUACUGGAGGAAAUAUCCAACCAAACAAAGGGGGCGCAGGACAAAGUGACGUACAUGAGAGACUCGGCUACCGCAGCAAAGAAAUCCAGCGAUCCAGAUGUUCACAUUAAAAAGUCGACAAACAUGUUGGACGACAUUCUGAGGUUCGAAAAGAGCAUCAUUUCCCAGGAAUCCCAAAUAUAUAAGCUUCAGGAAUCGAUUGACUCCAAUGAGAAAAGGAUGCUUCAGUUGAAGCAGAUGAUGCUCAACCUGGAACAGAUGUGCAAGCUUCCCUGUGAGGACACUGUCAAGAUUCAGACCGUCACAGGCAAAGAUUGUCAAGACGUUGCUAAUAAAGGUGGCAAGACUAGUGGCCUGUAUUUCAUCAAGCCCCUGAAGGCCAAAGAACAGUUCCUGGUUUACUGUGAGAUGGACAACAAUGGGAAUGGCUGGACCGUGCUCCAGAGGAGGCGCGACGGCAGCGUUGACUUCUCCCGGCCCUGGAUCCCGUACAAGGAGGGCUUUGGCUACCUAUCCCCGGAUGACACCACCGAGUUCUGGCUGGGCAAUGAGAAGAUGCACCUGAUCACUUCACAGUCUACUAUUCCAUAUGUGCUCAGGAUAGAGAUGACAGACUGGGAGGGAAACAAAAAGUAUGCAGAUUACGCCAGCUUCAAAGUGGGCCCUGAGAUAGACAGCUACCGGCUGAUCUACGCCUACCACUUAGGAGGAGAUGCGGGCGAUGCGUUCGAUGGCUUUGACUUCGGUGACGACGCCAGCGACAAAAUCUUCACCUCUCACAACGGGAUGCAGUUCAGCACCAGCGACCGGGACAACGACAAAUAUGAUGGCAACUGUGCAACGCAGGACGGCUCGGGCUGGUGGAUGAACCGCUGCCAUGCUGCGCACCUCAAUGGCAAAUACUACCAAGGUGGAAAGUAUACUGCAGAGCAAGCUGGGCCACAUGGUUUCGACAACGGCAUCAUCUGGGUGACAUGGCAGAGUCGAUGGUAUUCCAUGAAAGAGACCACCAUGAAGAUCAUCCCCAUCAACAGGAUGGGCACACUUGGCCAGCAGACCACCGGGGUCAAACAAAUGGGUGGUAUUGGGGACAUUUGAAGGACACUUUCCAAACACCUAGCUGUGUUCGUGAUGCUGUACUCCAGUGUUGGUCACCGAGGGCAGAUGUAUGCCAAGGAUUUAGUCAAUUCGAUUGACUGGAGGCUGCUUGACCACUUGACAAAUAAAUUUUUUUUGUGCACCAUG